AUGGGGAUGGGGCAGCACAGGGAGCGAAAAUGGUUUCUUCUUGGCGACGCCCGGAGAGCCGGCCGGUCGGCUUCUCUAGGCCGUCCCCGCCUACAAGUUUCUCCUGUUUCCCGGGCCAACCCGCCGCCGCCUCCUCCUCCUCCUCCUCCUUCCUUCCGAGCUGUAGCCGCCGCCAUUUUGGUCUUGAUUCGAGAAGAAUCCCGGCCCUGGUCCAGCUCAUCCUCGUGUGCUCAUUCCCGAGUAUUCUCAGAGAAAAAGAGCCGGUUGCCAGGCUCAGUGUCGUUGCCACGGCCGGUCUCUGCUUCUCUAUCACACACGACAGCCCUUUAGCUUUCCGCUAUCACCUCUUCUAUAUAGAUGUGGUGUGUGUAUUUAUACCCCUGAUGAGUGUUCGCAGUUUUGAGACGUAGGCAAAAAAAGUUGGCCUUUUUUGGCUUCACCUUUUCCUGUCCGACUAUCAGAGCCGUUUUGAGGUUUGAGAAGGAUAUCACUUUGGCAAAUGAGCUUCUUCCAUAGAUGGAUAGGACAUGUUUUUCAUUUUUCCAUGGCUUCAGCUUUUCCCAUUUUUAAUUGAUAUCGGCUUCAAUAUACCUGACCACCCUUCUGUUGAUAGACCAAAGUUGGCUUGCUUUUUUUCAAAAUUCAGCUUUUCCCAUAUUUUUAUUAAUGUCGGCUUCAAUCUACCUGACCACCCCCCUGUUGAUAGAUACGAUUUUUAGACCAAAAGUUUGCCUUUUUUUUAAAAUUCAGAUUUUUCCCAUUUUUUAUUGAUAUCGGCUUCAAUUUUUCUGUUGAUAGAUAUGAUAAAUGUCCGAAUUUUAAGACCCAAGUUGGUCUGCUUUUUCUCAAAAUUCAGCUUUUCCCAUCUUUCAAUGGAUAACGGCCUGACCAAUAUGACAAUUUUUCGCAUUUUUUAGACCAAAAGUGGUAUUUUUAAGAUUAAGCUUUUCCUAUCUCCCUAUUAGGAAUGAUGAGGUUUAAAAUAUGACCUUUUUCUUGGCUGAAAAGUGUUCGCAUUUUCGAGAUACAUAAAGCCGAGAUUCUGGACCGUCUGACCUGUCUGUGCCCUCUUUUCUCUCGCCGAAAACAACGCGUAAACAAGAAUGCAUCAUUGAGAGAUUGGAUGUGCAGAGAAGUCUGACUUUUCCAUUUUUUUCAAGGAAAAUAGAGCCAUUUCCUGUUUUAUUCCUUUUGAGUUUGUCCAUAUUUCUACGACUUAGAUCGUCAAAUUUUUCGAAUGGCUCAAAGUGUCGCGGUCGCGUUGCGUUUUUUCAUCCCCAGUAGCUUCACCCGGCCUUCAGCGACUUUUCAAGUUCCAAAAUGAAGUAGUUCUCACUGUAAAAAGCUCUCAAGAACCGCGAAAAAAAGUGCUCGCAUUUUCGAGAUUCUGAAGAAGAUAUUAUUCCGAAGAGAAAAGGCGAGGAAAAAAAUAAAAAAGAGCGCCGCCGCCACUGAUUUUUUUCACACGGCCGCGUGUCGAUAUCGUUUUCUCGCAGAGGAACGAUUCUUUCUUCCUUUUCUUCUUCUUCGUCUUUUUUAUUUUCGCCUCCCCUCGGGAAUCGUACACAUUCUCCCCUCUUUGUUGCGAGUUAUUGCUCAUUUCUGACCCCGAGUUUUGUUUGCAGAAAAGGUUUUUUUUUCCCAUGGCUACUCUUCUAAGCAAACAUAUGUCAUUGGGAAAGGGCUUUUGGCAGAUUUUUCUUGAUAGUUUAAAAAAAAAAGGUUUUAAAUUAAGUCUAUGACUUGAAGAAAAAGUUAAGUCUCAUCAUUAAAGGAUUUUAAUUAGCUUUUAUGGUUCUUUAUUAAGUUCAGAAAGGCUUUUUACAUCAAUUUUAUGGCUAUAAAAAAAGUUCAUAAAAUCCGAAAAAAAGGUCCAUAAAAUUCUUUAAAAAAAGGUCCAAUCGAUUUUUCAGAUGAAUUUAUCAACAUUUAGGACAUUUAGUGAGCUUUUAUGGAUCUUUGUAAAGUUCAAAAAGACUUUUUAAAUUAAGUUUAUGGCUUUAAAAAGGUCAAUUCUUCGAUUUUUAAUUUGAAAAUAUCCUGAUUAAAAAGAUUUUUAAUUAGAUUUCAUGGUACUUCAUUAAGUUCAAAAAGACUUUUUAAAUUAAUUUUUAUGGCUCAAAAAAAUUUAAUUUUGCCAUUUUUUUAGUUCAAUUUAUUAAGAUUAAAGGAUUUUUAAUCAGUUUCCAUAGUUUUUCAGUGAGAUUGAAGACUUGUAAAUUGCACUUUCUCGAUUUUUUUCGGUAUGAGAACCUUUUUACAAACGCUUGCAGUUCUUAAAAGUUGAAAAAAAUUGAAAACCUUCAUUUUAUCGAUUUCCUACUGGAUAUAUUGGUUGUAGGGAAAUUUAAAAACUCGCAGAAUCAAAAUAUUCUAGGUUUUAUUUAUUGCCAUGAUAAAAAAAAAAUACAAAGAACUGUUUUAAAAUAAUCCUCUUCGGACUUUGUAGUGUUUGAAUUUUCAUAAAUUCAUUUCCUGGUAAAAUUUACCCUUCUUUGUUCCGAUUUCCAGCUCAAAACUCAAAAAAUAACUGUUCUUUGCACUCGAGUGCAAGCUUGGUAUUUGAAUUUCUUCGCAACCCCGUAAUUUGCCUCGUUUUUCUCGCACUGACGCGGUUCUCAAUUGGAUAUUCCAGGUGUAGACGUGGCUUCAUGUUGAUUGGUUGAAUUUUCGACUCCUUGAGAGGGAAAAUCGGGCGUUUGGGCCAGAUCCAAGCUUCUGUUUGUUGUUUCCCGAUUCGUGGUUUCUGGCAUCUGGGUUUUGAGCUUGACUAUCGACGUCUGGAAGCUUAAAAUCGACCUCGAUUGCUUGAAGUCUGAACCUCCAAGCUACCAAAAAGGAAGGAAAAGGACCACUUUGAACUCCUAACCGUCCAGAUCCGAACUUCAACGAGGCUUCUGGAAGUCUGAAGCUUCAAACUACUAGAAAAGGAUCCCUUUGACUUCCUGACCCUCAAGAUCCGAACCUCAAGGAUCUGAGCUCGACUGCUUCAAGUCCAAACCUUGAAGCUCCAAAAAAACAAGAAAAAAGGAACAUUUUGACUUCCUGACCGUCAAGAUCCCAGGUUCAAAGUGCCGUCGGCGUCGAAAAAGACAGCCGCCCAGCCUGGCGGCUCCGCCAGCGGACCGGGAACCCACGCCUCGACCUCGGCCGAUUACUACGCCACCGGUCCGAGAAUGGCUGCCGCCACGGCGACCUGGUUCCCUCAGAAUCCGCAGCAAGGCAAUGGAUACCUCUCCACCGGCGCCGCUGCUCCCAACCAGGGCCCAUCCCCUGGACCGCCCAUGUACCCAGGGAUGCCCUACCCGACCUCUCCCUACGGCUAUCCGAUGCCGCCCCAGCCUCCGCCAGCUCCAGCUUCCCCCGGCUCGAACAAACAGCAGCCAGGACAGCCGCCAGCUCCCUAUAUGCCUCAAUACGCCCAAUAUGCUCACGCAAUGAACUUCUAUCAGCACCAGCAGCUGUCCAGGGAACACUUUUACCGGUCUCGAGGCUUUUUGCCGCCACCGCAGCCCCCGCCGGAUUGGAGGCUUUACGGUGAGGGUUUUUUCAAAGCCUAGAAGCGGUCGAAGAUUAGAAAAAAAGGGGUUUUGAGCUUUUUGUAGUAGUUGGAAAGCUGUAGAAAAUUUUAAAAAAAACUUUAAAAAGAAUAUUUUUCAUUGAUUUUUUUCACUGUCCGGAUUGCCCAUGAGGCUAGGAACACGCAGACGAUAAUAAUUUUUAAAAAAAGCUGAAAAAUGAGCCGGAAGGAUAAUUAUCAUUGGAGCGCUCUUGACAGAGAAAUUUGGGCCCAUUUAUUAUUAUUAUUUUUUUUGCCACAUGGGACUAGGAACGGGCAGACGGUAAUCAGUACUGAAUUAUCUUUUUAAAAAAACGCUAAAAAAAAUGAGCCGGAAGGAUAAUUAUCAUUGGAGCGCACUUGCCAGAGAAAUUUGGGCCAAUUUAUUUAUUUAUUUUUUUGGAGCCCCUGGGCCUAGGAACGGGCAGACGGUAAUCAGUACUGAAUUUUUCUUUUUAAAAAAACUUUGAAAAAAAUGAGCCGGAAGAAUAAUUAUCAUUGGAGCGCACUUGAAAGAAAAAUUUGGGCCAUUUUUUUUGCUAUUUUUUUUUUCAAGUCCAAAGUGCUUUUUUGCUUGUUUUUCGGACCAUUGUUAUUAUUUUCUCUUCAUUUCCUAAUAGCAAAGGCCGCAGGAGAGUUUGAUAACGAGAAUUCGUAAUUUUAGUUAUAUUUAGCGCCUUUUUUUUUCGAACGGCAGUGAGGCGAGGAGGAAAAAAGAAAAGCGCUGAUUAUGUUUGUAAGAUGGUUGGCAUGGGAACGGGCCGGCUCUUUUAUGUAUCCCUUUAUAUCGGUAUUAUAUCCAGGGCUCAACUUUAAGCAGAGGGAGAGAGGGAGAUAUGGAGGAGAUUUAGAGAGAAAAGAGAGGGAUGAAAAACAGAUAUAAGGAAAAUUUAAUGUAAAAUGAAAAAAAAAAACAAGGAAAAAUUCAUUUUUUAUGUGGAGCUAGGUCUGAAAAUGUGAGGUAACUUCAAAAAAACACGAUUUUUCUUUAGGAAACAGCGCCGGAGGACCUGUCCCGCCGCCCGGAGCGUUUCCCGGCCCGAUGGGGGAUCCCAACUACUAUUACCAGCCACCAAUGCCUCAUCAUCCCGGUUAUGGCCCGCCACCGCCUCAAGGAUUCUCCCCGGGACAAUUUCCGCCCCGAAUGCCGUCCGCGGGCGCCACACCGAUGCGAGCGCCGAUGCCGCAGCACAUGGUAAUCGGGAUGAAAAUGGGAGAUAUUGGGAUAUUUCGAGCUUUCUUAUGUUUUUGUAGACAAAAAGGAAGGUUUUACGGAAUUUUUGCGCUGAAAGUCCAUAUGGUCCAUUCACUGCCCCCUUGAGAAAUAGUGUGCGAAGUGGGGAGAUUCAGACGAUUUUCUGUCCGCGCUCUCUUAUUAGAGAAAAGAGGAAGAGAUAAACAUUGAAAUUUUGUAGGUUACGGUAGGAAAUCCCUUCAAAGAUAAGGCUUUUACGAUUUUUGGUGAUAUGCCUCGAAAAAAGUCUGACUAUCUGCGCUCUCUUAGACUCUCAUCGGAAUAGUUUCAAGAGAUUCAGGUUGAUUUUCAAUUAUCGAUUUUUCAGCAAGAAAUGGACGAGCACCAGCGACAGUGGUACCAUCAUCAGCAGCAACAGGCGGCUCAUGCCCACGCCCAAGCGCAGGCCCAAGCUCAGGCUCAAGCCCAAGCUCAUGCGGCUCAACAACAACAGCAGCAACAACAGCAGACCCAACAGCCAUCCUCCCAGCUUUCGGUUCCCGGAACGAAUACCCAACCGGCGACUCCGAGUUCGGUACAGCCCGCUACUCCGGCGGCCCUUCAGGUAGAUUUUUUGGGGUCUUUGCGUUUAUUUAUUUGAAGCGGAAGAAGGGCUUUUAAAGCUCAGUAGGAGCUUUAGGGGUUUUAUUUUGAUCGUUUCAGUCUAAAAAGGAUUCAGGUCUAUAGAAGCCUUAGGAAAAACUUCAUGUUGAUCAUCAUUUCAGUUUUAGAAAGAUUUAAGGUUAAUUUAGGGAUUUUUAUGGAGUUUUAGGCUUUUUUUAAUUCAAUUUUUGAGCGAUUUUUUUAAAGUUCUUUAGUAGUUUUUAGGCGUUUUAUGUGAAUCAUUUUUAGUCUUAAAAGGUUCCAGGUUGAUCCUAGGGUUCUUCACGGGAUUUUUUUAAGCUUUUUUUGCGUUGAUUUUUAAGGUUGAAAAGUUCAUUUUAAAGCUUCAGAAGGACUUUUUAAAUUUUUUUAGGUUGACUUUAGAACUUGAGAUGUCUUUUUAUAAGGGUUUCAUAGAGUUUUUAAGACUCUUAGGGUCAUUUUAUGGUCUCAAUUGGGUUUUUAGAGGCUUCCUGGAUUUUUUAGACGUCUUAGGUUGAUUUUGGAGCACUAGGAAAAAUUUUAGGGUUCGUAGAAAAUUUUGUCCGCGGAGCGAAUGUUGUGACGAAAAAUCAGCCAAGCCUAUUUUUUACAGCUUUUCUUUUGAUUUUUUCAAUUUUCUGUCUUUUUUCUUUAAUUUUAGAGUUUCAAUGAGGAAAAAUGUUCUGUUUAAGGUCGACACGGCCGCAAGUCAGGCUGGAAGUCGUGCUCCAAGUGUCGGACCAACCAACCCCGCCGCAGCGACUCCUGACAGCUCUUCCAGGCUCAGCGGAGGCGCCGAUGUGGCCCCGUCGACGUCGGCUCCAUCUGCAGCCGCGACCCCGUCAGCUGCUCCAGCUCCCGCCACGGAAAGACCUGCCUCAGCAGCUUCUGGAACGAACACUCCGGCCACGCCGGUUCCGCCAGCGGCGACCCCUACUCCGAGUGCGCCCUCGACAAGGUGGAGAAGUUCAUUAAGCUUCGAUUUCUGAGAGCUGUCGGAGCUCCUCCAGCUCUUAAAAUAACUUGAGAAGUAUUGAAAGUUUGUCCAGCUCCAAUUUUUGAGCACUGUCGAAGCUACACCAGCUCUAUGUUUUUUUUUUAGAAGAAUGAAAAGUUCACCCAGCUCCAAUUUUUGAGCUCUGUCGGAGCUCCUCCAGCUCACUUGGUUAUUUUUAUGGGCUGGAGAUAAUUAAGGAGGAAAAAUGCCCUUUGGAGAACUAUAAAAAGUUUGUCCAACUCCCAAUUUUUAGCACUGUCGGAGCUCCUACAGCUCUUGAAGGAAUUUGGAGAGGUGGAAUUGACUUAAAGAGAAAAAUGCCUCUUGUAGAACUAUAAAAAGUUCGCACAGCUCCAAUUUUUGAGCACUGUCGGAGCUCCUCCAUCUCUUGGAUGAUUCUUGAAGUUGAAGGGAACUUAGGAAGAAAAAUGGCUCUUGUAGAACUAUAGAAAGUUCGUCCAGCUCCCAUUUUUGAGUACGGUCGGAGCUUCUCCAGCUCUUCGAGGAUCCAUAAGAGUUUGAAAGAGCUCGGGAAAAAAUUCGUCUCGUAGGAAUCUAGAAAGUUUGUCCAGCUCCCAUUUUUUUUAGCACUGUCGGAACUCCUACAGCUCUUGGAGAAGAAGAUCGGAGAGUUCAAAAAACUGAAAAAAAUGAUUAAAAAAAAUCUAUUACUAAAACUGCGAUCUUCAAUUUCCGAUUUUUCAGCACCGCCGGAGCUCCUCCAGCUCACCAACAGCCGCCCUACUACCCAGGCCAGCCUGGUCCGAUGUAUCCGAAUGCUCAAAUGAGACCUGGAGCUCCGGGAUUCGCGCCAGGGCCUGGAGGACCGCCUCAGGGUUAUCCGUACCCCAGUGGACCUGGAUAUGGACCUCAUCCCGGCAUGCACCAUCCCCAACAUCAGCAAUACAUGCAGCAGGUGGGCAGAAAUAUCCUAGAGAAUGAGAGAGCGCAGACGGUUAGAAUGAUUAAACAUUUUCCAGAUGUGGCAACGGCAAUACCAACAGCCAGGCGGCGCCGCGGCACCACCGACAAGUUCAGCUGGACCAGGAACCUCACAACCGUCCGGAGCCCCAGCUCAGGCUCCAUCUCAAGCUCCUCGCUAUCCGUUCCCGCCGCAGCAAGCUCCGCAACAACCUUCGCAGCAACAACGGAUGCCACCAACCACCAGCGCCCCAUCUCCAGGCGGCAGCAGCAAAAAGUCCGCUACCCGUCCUCGACGCCGCAGCAGCCGCCCCAACCGCCGGUGCGACCCCCCGCCCCGGCCCCCGGCGCCUACCCCACUCAGCCCGGAAGCGUCGUCCCGCCGACCGCCGCCCUCGCCACGCCUCAACAGCCGACGGCUCCCUCCGCCCUGGCGACCACCCUGAUGGCCAACCCGCCCCAACAGUUCCCCUACGGAUCCGUCGAGGCGACGACGAUCAGCCAGAAGCGACGUCGGAAAAUCGUCGCCCGGGAACUUGUCAAUGUUCGUUUUUUUUUUUUUUUGAGAAAAUUGGGUCGAAAAUGUUCGAUUUAGGGACAGAGUAGUUGGAGAAAGUCCUAAAGAGCCCAAAAUCUGAUGGAAAAAGUUUGUUGGACUGAAAAAUGGCUAAAAAAAAGUUUUAGAAGUGAAAAAUGAGCUGAAAAUCGAGCUUAAAAAAUUAAGAGAGAAGUUUUUGGGCUGAAAAAAAUAGAUAGAAAAAAAUGUUCAAAAGGUUAAAAAAAGGAGCCCAAAAAUCUGGGUGACAAGUUUUUUUGGACAGAAAAAGUAGUUAGAAAAAAAUUUUUUUAGAAAUGAAAAAAAUGAGUUGAAAAAAAUGAGCCGAAAAAAACCUGAAGGACAAGUUUUUUUGGACAGGAAAUAAGCUGGAAAAAAAAUUUUUUUAGACAAUGUAAAAUGAGUUGGAAAAAUAGAUCUAAAAAAAUUUAAGUUACAAGUUUUUUUGGACUGAAAAAAAUAGCUAGAAAAAAUUUUAAAAGUGAAACAUUAGUUUAAAAAUAAGCCUAAAAGUCGGAGGGACACGUUUUUGGGCAGAAAAAUGGCUGAAAAAAAUUUCAGAAAUGAAAAAUGAGUUUAAAAUCUUAUGCCGAACGUUUUUUUAGGCUGAAAAAAAUAGAUAGAAAAAAAUUUUUUUGGAAGGUAAAUUUUAGUUGAAAAAAAUGAGCCCAAUACGUUGAGCAAAAAAAGUUUUUUUCGAACUGAAAAAAAUUUCAACUGGAAAAAAAUUAGGUAUAAACCAUUUUUUGACUGAAAGAGAGUCUAGAAAAAAAUGAGUCCCAGAAAAUUAAAAAUUUAAAAAAAUCAGAGAAAAAAAUUUAUUAAAUCGAUAUUUAGCCUUGAUUCAAUGAGCCAAAAAAAAUAAUAUUUUUUCGAAUUUCCUGUAUAGUUCGAUCAUGACUAGCUUGAGAGUUUUGUUGGAUUUUCCAUGAAUUUUUCAAAAAUUUCUACAAUGUGGACUUCAGGCAACCCCACGAAGGCUGAUAAUGGCCCUGAGAUCGGGUCUCGACACGGAGGCGAUCUGGGCGAUGAACGCCCUGAACGUGCUGCUCUACGACGACUCCAACCCGACGCCCAGCUUGAACCAGAUGCCCGGCCUUCUGAACGUCGUCGUCGAACACUUCUGGGCCACGUUGUCGGUUCUCUUCCCCGAGAAGUUCCCGGUGAGGCUGAAAACUUCAGAAGUGACUUAGAGAAUUGGAUGAUAUUGGCAUGAGGAGAAGACUGUUGGGGGAUGAUAUUUCUUGAUUUUUUUUUCUUUUUCCCCCCAACUGGAUAAGAAGGGCAGGGGGAGGGGUUGAGGUAGAGAAAAGGGGGGAGGGGUGUAAACAAGAAAAAAUUUAAAAGGACAAAAGAAAAAUCAGAUGAGAUCGUUAUGUAAACAUGAUUGUUAGGGGAUGAUGUUCCUUGAUGUUCCUUGAUUUUUUUUUUCUUUUUUUUUCUUCGCAACUGAAUAAAAAGGGGCGGGGGGUUAAACUAGAGAAAGCUGAAAAGGGGGGUUAAGGUAGCGAAAGCAGAAAAAGAAGGGGGCAGGGACUGUGAACCAUUUAAACGGAUGUAAAAAAAUCAGAUAACUGUCAUGUUAAGAGGACUGGGGGGGGUUAACCAGAAAAAAAUUGAGAGGGACAUAGAAAAUUAGAUGAUAUUGGUAUGUAAAGAAGACUGUUAGAGGAUGAUAUUCCUUGAUUUUUUUCUUAUAUCUUUCAAAAAGUUUUUCCUCCCAGAAAGUUACAUGGACUGAAAUCAAUGAUUGGGGGGCAGGGGGUUGAGGUAGAAAAAGCUUAAAAAAAGGGGGGUUAACCAGGAAAAAUUUGAGGACAUAAAAGAUUAGAUAACAUUGUGAUGGGAAGAGGACUGUUAGGGGAGGAUAUUUCUUGAUUUUUCCUUAAAAUUAUCCUCGAUUUUUGCCAAUUUCUUGCCAUGUAAAGGAUACAGUUAAAAGUUGCUAUACCUUGAAUUUUUCUUUGAUUUUUUUAAUUUUUUUGCUGACCCCCCUAGGUGAAUAGAAUGAAAAAAAAAUUCAGAGGGGCAAAAAAAAAUCAAAUAUUGUGGUGUAAAGACUUAAAUGAAGGAUAGUUAUUUCUUGAAUUUUCUUAGAAUUUUUACUAGAAUUUUUCCUCGAUUUUUUUGCCGACUCCCCCAGCUUUUUUUAGCUUUUUCAAGCUUUUUUUGCAGUUAUCCGAGCCGGGAAAGUCGUUCGUCCACGAGGUCGACGAUUCGGCCGAAAAAGAAAUUUCGACUUUGAUCACUUCGUCGAAUUUGAAACAAUCGAUACAGUUGCCGGUGAUGCCCCGAAAAGGAUCCGACAAUGGAAAAUCCAAAUUCACUAUGGUUUUGAAAAAAAGUUGAAGAAAAAAAUAAUUUUUGACGGUUUUAGCAGUCGAGAAACGGUGUGAAAGUACAGCUUAAAAACAGCGCCGAUUCCGGAAAAACUGAAAAAACGGCUCAUGCGGGAACAGAGCACGUCUGCGGGCUCUGAUGGUGAGAAAAAUUGUCUUUUUCUAGGUUUUUUUGGAACAUUUUUUUGGCUUGAAAAAGUCAAUUUAUACCUUCUUUUUCGAUUUUUUUAUGAUUCUUGUAGCCUUUUUAUUGUUGAAAAUGAAACGAAAUGGAUUUUGGAACAUUUUUUUUUUAGCUUAAAAAGUCAAUUUUACCCCAGUUUUUCUCGACUUUUUUUAGGAUUUUUUUGUAGCCUUUCAUUGUUGAAAAUGAAUAUAAAAAGGGUUUUGAACUUUUUGGCCAGAAAAAGUCAAUUUCAACCUGAUUUUUUUGUAGCUUUUUUUAUAAUUUUUCGUAGCGUUUUAUUGCUAAAAAAAUGAAACGAAAUUUGAAAAAAAUAGGAUUGAAAUAUAUAUUUUUGGGCCUUUUUAGCGUCUUUUUCGGGGGUUUUUUUACGACAUUUUUUUGCAUUUUGUUUUUAUUUUUGCGUCAUUUUUUUGAAACGAAAAAAAGUUUUUUUAUUUGGCCUUUUUCCACAGAAAAUUUGUAAAAAGAAUCCAAAAUUUUUCGGCCGAAAUUUGGCUUGAAAUUGAUUGAUUUUUUUGAUUUUUUUAGUUUUUUUCUCAACAUUUUUUUGGCUAAAGAAUCUGUAAGAACGUGGAGUUCAUUAAAUUUUUCGAAAUUCAAAUUUUUUUCGAGAAAUCUUGGCUUAGGAUUAUGUAGAAGCUCUUUAGAAACUUAUUCAAUUUGAAAAAAUCGCUUUUUUUCGUAACACUUGACGGAAUAUUCUGUUAGAGCUGUUAAAAAAAACGAUUUUUCUCAGAUAUUUUUUUGAAUUAACAAUAUGUAGGAGCUGAUCGGAAAUUAAUUUUCAGUUAAAAAAAUCGUUUUUUUACAGAUUUUUUUCGACUGAAUAGUAUGUAAGAAUUAACUGGAAACAUUAUUUAUUUUUGAAAAAAAUAUCGAUUUUUUUCCAGAUUUUUUUGACUCAAGAGAAAGUAUGUAGGACCUCAUCAAAAAGGCUUUUUUUGAACCCGAAAAUAUCCGAUUUUUUUCCAGAAUCCCUGACCAAAGAAUACGUGAGGGCUCAUUGGAGAGUUUGUUAAAUUUGGGAAAAAAAAUAACUUUUCCUAGAAUUUUUGUCUAAAGAUCAUGUAGUACCUCAUUUUAAAAGACCUCUGAACCCGAAAAUAUCUGAUUUUUUUCCAGAAUCCCUGACCAAAGAAUACGUGAGGGCUAUUGGAAAGUUUAUUAAAAUUGAAAAAAAAAAACCCUUUUCCCAGAAUUUUUGUCUAAAGAUCAUGUAGGAGCUGAACGGAAAGACUUUUGAAUCCGAAAAUAUCCAUUUUUCCAGAACCCUUGAUUUAAGAGUAUGUAAGAACUAAAUGGAAACUUUCUUCAGUAAAAAUAAAAAAAUAAAAUCUAUUUUUUCAGGUAUCCUUGAAUAGAGAACAUGUAAUAUCUCAUCAAAAAGACUUUUAAAUGCGAAAUUAUCGAUUUUUCCAGAAUCCCUGACCAAAGAAUACGUGAAGGCUCGAACGACCUACGGUCUGGGCGGAGGACUGGCCGAACGGGUCUCGGCACGAUUGCAAGCCGGCCUCCAAGCCGAGAGACUCCUCACCAAACCCAAAUUCUCCUAUUUCGACAAAAACGAGAACUUUUGUGAGCAGCCCAAGCAGGAGCCCAAGCUGGAGGAUGUGAAGAUUGAGGUGGGUUUUUUGGAUAAAUUAGAAAAAAAAGUUUGAUGAAUCUACCGUUUCAAUGAGAAUAUAAAAAUUCAUUUAUUCCUAUUUCUCCAUUAAACUGCGUGUAUACGUGUGUUAAUUGUUUUUCGAUUUUUUUGCGAUUUCAAAAUUUUUAAAAAAACCGCGUAGGUGAAUCUACUGUUUCAAUGAGGAUAAAAAAAUUCAUUUAUUGCUAUUUUUUUCUAUUCAAUUGCGUGUAUACGUGUGUUAAUUUUUUUCGAUUUUUUUGCGAUUUCAAAAUUUUUAAAAAAACCGUGUAGGUGAAUCUACUGUUUCAAUGAGAAUAUAAAAAAAUUCAUUCAUCGAUUUUUUUCUGUAUUAUGUCACGUGUAAUUUUUUUCACUUUUUCGUAAAAAAACCUUAAAAAAACCGCGUCGAUGAAUCUACUGUUUCAAUGAGAAAUUUGAACUUUUAUUUUUUUGUUAUUUUUUUACUAUAUUAUAUUUGAUCGAAAAAAAUUUUUUGCGAUAUGAAGGUUUUUAAAAUCGUUCCUGAAUUGGAUCAGAAAAAAACGGAGAAAAUGUACAAAAAUUUGAUUAUCUUUUUCUAACAGUUUAUUCAUAUUUCAUGCUUUUUUUGAAGUAACGUUCAGUACGAAAAUCGCUUUUUUUAAUUUAUAUAUAUAUAUAUAUUUUUUUAAUUCAUAAUAUUGGUUUAAGAGAUUUUUUUCCUUUACAAAAUGUGAUGAAAAUCUUCUUCUAGAACUUGGAAAUUCUUCAAAAACCUAGAGCCAAGUUUGAGGAUCUGAAAAUCUUUAUAAAAUUCACUUUCCUCACGCAUUUUCUUCAUAUAUCAGAAGUUUAUGGUUUAUUUUUUUAUCCAAAAAGGUUUUCCUUCAAAAAAUGUGAUGAAAAUCUUCUUUUAGAACUUUCUUCAAAAAGAAAGUUGAUUCUUCAAAAACCAAGGGCCAAGUUUGAAGUUUUGAGUAACUUGUAAAAAUCCUCUUGCAGAACUCGGAAACCCUCUCAAUACGAGGCGCAAAGCCGGAAGAGCUGUCCGACUGCAAGCACGAGCGCGAGCUCUCCUGGCCCCGAUCCACAGCCUUGACGAGCAAGGAGCCGGCGUUGAACGAGCUCGCCAACCGGGCCCUCUCCCUGUCCAACAUCCUCCGCGGCUUCUCCUUCGUCCCCGGCAGCGAGCAGCUCAUGGGCAAACACAACGCCCUGCUCUACAUCGUCGGCAGGUUCCUGACCCUCUUCGCCGAGGAGCAGCUCAUCAAGGCUCAGAAACGAUGUGUUUCACUGGAUCCCGUGGGUUUUUUUGACCUUUUUUCGGAUUUCUCGUGUAAAGAGUAUGUAGGAGUAGACUGGAAAGCUUAUAAAGUUUUUCUUUUCAUGUCUUUUCGUGAAAUUUAAGGGUUUUUUGAAGUUUUUGGUCGCAUUUGGAAUGGCUAGAGAUCUUUUUUCAGAAGAGCACUUGAGGGGCCACUUUUUCAAAGUUCCGAGAUGCCUUUACGAGUGAAUUUGCAUCGAAAAAGCUUUUUGAGAUUGAAUUUUGGCUUGGAAGCUACUAAAAAGUGCACUAGAAAGACCACUUGGCUUCCAAACAAGAUCUUUUUUCAGAAGAACACUUAAGGGACCACUUUGUCAAUGUUCCAAGAUUGCUUUUACGUGUGAGUUUGUAUCGAAAAAGCUUUUUGAGAUUGAAUUUUGGCUUGGAAGCUCUUAGAAAGUGCACUAGAGGGACCACUUGGUUUUCCUAAGCGGUCUGGAACCUAAAACGAGGCUUCUUUCCCACUGAAGGGCUCACUUACAUCUCGAAUAGUUUGAGUAGCCUCUAUAGUGUCUAGAAGUUCUUACAGGCGAAAAAUUUGAGUGGGAUCCUUCAAAAUGAAUUUUCGUUAAUCACAGCCAUUCCAAAUGCGGUUCCAUUUUUUUUUUUUGGCAGAUUUUAGAAUUUACCUGUUUUUCAGUAUGGGAAAACGGUUGUUACUCAAAAGUUAACAUGUCUUGCACAUCUCUUAAGGGAUAACUAAAUAGUGCGGAUUUCGCGUUUCUGACCCUUAAGUGGUCACUUGAGCGAUGUCAGUAUGAUUCAUUUUAAGGGCGACUAGUUUCCUUCAAAAUUGUCCUUGAAAGGAAAUAUUAAAGACUUUUUGAAUAUUAAUUUUUCCAGGAAGUCCUGAAGAAACCCCAGCAAAUCGAGUCCGUCGAAGAGCAGCAUGCGAAAUCGAUGGAAGUUCUCGACGACGACGACUCCAGACGGCUUCUCCUCGUCGAAACUGUUCAUCAACUCCGGGACGACGCCUUCGUCAUGCUCACCCACAUGAGCGCCACUGUAAGCUUGAGUUUUUUGAUUUGAAAGGAGCAUACUGUAAGUUUCAAUUUUGUUCCUACUGUAAGAUUGAGUUAAGAUUAGGUAGGAGCAUACUGUAAGUUUGAGCUUGAAUUUGAAAGGAGUGUACUGUAAUUUUGGAUUUUGAUCCUACUGUAAGGUUGAAUUUAUAUGUAGAAGGAGCAUACUGUAAGUUUGAAUCGUGAUUUAAAGAAGCAUACUGUAGUUUUGAAUCGUAUUUGAAGGAGCAUACUGUAAUUUUGAAUCGUGAUUUGAAGGAGCAUACUGUAAGUCUGAAUUUCGAUCCUACUGUAAGAUUGAAUUUAUAUACAGAAGGAGAAUACUGUGAGUUUGAGCUUGGAUUUGAAAGGAGCAUACUGUAAGUUUGAAUUUUUGUUCCUACUGUAAGAUUGAAUUUAUAUGUAGAAGGAGCAUACUGUAAGUUUGAAAUUUGAUCGUACUGUAAGAUAUAAUUAAGAUAAAGUAGGAGUAUACUGUAAGUUUGAAUCGUGUUUUAGAAGGGGCAUACUGUAAGUUUGAAUAUUGAUCUUACUGUAAAAUUGAGUUGAGAUUCAGCAGGAGCAUACUGUAAGUUUGAAUCGUGAUUUAAAGGGGUAUACUGUAAGUUUGAAUGUUGAUUUAAAAGGGGUCCUACUGUUUUUGGAAGGAUCCUACUGUAAGUUUGAAAUUUGAUCUUACUGUAAGAUAGAGUUAAGAUCAAGUAGGAGUAUACUGUAAGUUUGAAUUGUGAUUCAGAAGGGUAUACUGUAAUCUUGAUUUAACGUCGUACAUUAUAAGUUUGAGCUUAGAUUCGAAAGGAGCGUACUUUAAGGUUGAAUUUAUAUGUAGAAGGAGCAUACUGUAAUUUUUAAUCGUGAUUUAAAGGAUCAUACUGUAAGUUUGAGCUUUGAUUUGAAAGGAAUAUUCCUUUCAACAAUAAUUGGAGAGAUACUCGUUUUCAGCUGGACCUGUUCGAUCUGCCUGACGACAUCGCUUUCCCGAUCUACGACGGCCUGCUUCAUUGGUGCGUCUCUUCGGUUCCUGAAGCGACGGACGUCAGCCUCCCAGCUGCUAUUUCACCGAGGUAA